CCGUGUGUGUGUGCGAAACGAGUCAACGCGGCACCUGCUCUCGUCUGCUCUGCUGAUUCGGCUCCGUGGGCUGCCGGUGUGGAGUGUAGAGCGCCUGCAUUGAAUGUUGGUAUCCGUGUCUUGGGUUGAUAGCCGACUGCCAAGUCAGCACCCUGGUUGAUCAUCGGCUGCUCCCCUCCCUUGCCUGACCCCAACCCCAACCUUUCAAGGCUUGAUGGUGGUGGCAACCAGGGUCGAUCCUCUUCAGAAUGACCGAAACAGUCGCUGCCUCGUCCUCUUUCUCCCGUGUUGCUCGCCGUCUUGAUCCUCCUAGUGACGAGGAGCUUGAGCCCACCCCCUGCGUCAACUGCGAUUGUCUGUUGGCAUCGGACCCACGCGCCCGAGCCCCCAGCCCCACCGCCUCCGCGGCCAGCCAGACCUCUCGUGCCGACGGCAGCAUGUUUGGCGCCCUUGUACAAUGGAUUUCUGGCUCCAAAUCCCGGCGCGCCACCCUCUCCGAUGAGAGCAGCUCAAAAGCGCUCAAGGCAAAGAACGCUCGUCGACCCUCCGCAAGCCUCGAGUCCUCGGCCGAUAACUUUGAAUGUCAGGACGACCUUUGCUCCCGUGCUCGUGCCCGUCAUCGGCAUUCCUCCAUUGUUCAACUCGACCCAGACGGUCUUGGUCUCAUCGUUGAGGACCACUCGGGCCCGCCAAAACCCGCCCCCGGCUGCGAUGCGUGCCCGCACUGCGACGAUACCUGUCGCGACAAGACUUGUGGGGCCUGUAUCGCCAAGCGCCAAGCCAUUUUGGACCGCCUGGCUUCGCGCUCCCGAGGCUGUAACAAGCGCGUCUUUACCCUUUGCCAAGUUCGACGUCACAACACAAUCCUACGCAAGGCUGGCACAGACGCCACACGUGAUUACAACUUUCACAGCUCAAAGGCGCAAAGCAAGCUCUGGAAGCGCUUUGCCAUUGGCGUGCUGGCAAAACCUUUCACCAUGUCGAAGCGUGGAGCUGGAGGUGGCCGUGUCCACAAGUUUCGCAUCAGCCUCGGUCUGCCCGUGGCUGCUGUCAUGAACUGUGCCGACAACACCGGUGCCAAGAACCUCUACGUGGUGGCCGUCAACGGCUGGGGUGCUCGCCUCAACCGCAUGCCCGCGGCGUGCAUUGGUGACAUGUUCGUCGCCACUGUCAAGAAGGGCAAGCCCGAGCUCCGCAAGAAGGUCAUGCCUGCCGUGGUUAUCCGCCAGCGCAAGCAGUUCCGACGAAAAGACGGUGGCAUCCUCUACUUUGAGGACAAUGCCGGUGUCAUUGUCAACGUCAAGGGUGAGAUGAAGGGCUCUGCUAUCAACGGCCCCGUCGCCAAGGAGGCCGCCGAUGCCUGGCCUCGUAUUGCCAGCGCCGCUCCCUCGAUUGCUUAAACAAAUUGACGCGGUGAAGUUUUACCCCCUUUUUUCCCUUUCGCAUUUCGGACCAAUUCAUUGUGAGCUUGG